AUGGCAAUGAUGUCGAUGCCGAUCCGCCGCCGCGUGAGGGCCACGCUGCUGCUGGCGCUCGGCGUUUGCGCUCUCUGGAGCUUCCAGGCGCACCAGGCCUUCGGCAGCGCGACGGUGGUGGAAGUCAAGGAGGAGCCCUCGGCGAUGGUGAAGAUUGUGGCCGGCCACCCCUUGCUCGUGUGCUUCCUCGUGAUGGUCCUCACUGGUGCCUUUGCAUGCACCGAAGUCAGCCAGGCCACACCCGCUGGCCCGCCUGAGAAGCGCCCGGACUACAACACCUUCCUGAUGAUGCAGAACAUCCUCUGCUUCGCGUCCGGCUACGUCAACGCCCUGACCAUCAUCGACAUGGGCAUGACCGUGUCCCAUCAGACCGGCAACACCAGCCACACAGGACGCCUGAUUAUGAAUGGCGGAGCCGCGUUCUUUCACCUCAUGGCCGCGUUCGCGGCCGGCAGCUUCGUGGCAGGCUACAGCAAGUCCGAUGGUGAAGCAGUCUACCAGGGCCGCUACUCCCCGAACAUGCUCGCGUCCACUUUCUGCGUGCUUGGCGGCUGCUUGGUCCACUACUGCAAGGCAGCGGACGGCGUGGGCAACGAUUCUCACUCGGAGUCGCUGCUGCUCUUCGCUUUCUCCCAGGGCAUCCAGAACGGCGUGACCCGAAGGUGCACCUCGUGCCCCAUCUGCACCACGCACUUCACCGGCUACCUCACCGACUUCGGCGUCGGCCUCGGUGCCUGGGCGCGAGCGCAGGUGAGCGGUGAGCCAUCUCCCACCCUCCUCAAGGUGCUCCUCUUCGGCUCGGGCACCUUCUUCUUCGGCCUGGGCGGCGUCGCGGCCAAGGAGACCCAUGGCCCCUAUGGAAUCCAGGCCGCACUCAUCCCGGCUGCGAUCAUGGCGGCUGUUGCUGGCGGGCUGUUCCUUGGUGCAGACAAGAGUGACACGGAGUUCUCCAGAUUUCAAUGUCCGUCCCAUGGGCCCGGAUGUCUCGUGACCGUCCAGGACCUCGACCAAACUCUUCUGCCACCGGAGGAUGCCGGCAGGCACGGCAGCCCAGUCAAAACUGAUGAAGCACCAGAGCGAACCCUUCGCCCUGUGGUGGCAGCGGAGACUGAACCGAACUUGGCGCAGGCGCCGCCCACGAUGGUGGACGAGAGACCGAUCCGGCCGGCGACACAAGUUGCCCUCUCGGCCAUCCUGGAAAACACGCAGGACUCCUUGCUGUACACCGCAGAGUCAAGUGUUUUGAGCUCGCUGGAGCGAUCCGUGAACUUGGACGCGUCCUCGGCUUCGCAAGAAAAGCUCCCACUGCGAAAUCAGGAGGUGGCAGAAGAACCGCCUGCUGGAACCACACAGACUUUGGAGGACGUCUUGCCCGGCGGGUUUGAGCCUGCGGCUGCCGGAUCUGGGCCGCAGCCGGCGCCGCCCGACGCUCCCAGCGUCAUCACCCUCCACAUGUCAGCCGAGGGUGGCAACUCCGAAUGUCCUGCACCUCCGGCUCCGCCAGUGACGAGUGCUGCGGCCGAUGAUUCUCCAGGAAAGCGCUGCUGUACUGUGAUGUGA